CAGCAGCAACCGUGGCUUCAACAGCAGCAGCAGCAGCAGGAACAGCUACUUCAACAGCAGAAGCAACAGCCACUUCAACAGCAGAAGCAACAGCCACUUCAACAGCAGCAGCCGCUUCAACAGCAGCAGCAGACGCAUCAACAGCAGCAGCCGCUUCAACAGCAACAGCCGCUUCAACAGCAACAGCCGCUUCAACAGCAGCAACCUCAGCAGCUGCAGUAGCAGCCUCAGCAGCAGUGGCAACAGCCCCAGCAGAAGCAACAGCCGAUUCAACAGCAGCAGCCACUUCAUCAGCAAUUUCAACAGCAAUUUCAACAGCAACAGCAGCCCCAGCGAUGGCAACAAUCUCAACGAUGGCGGCAGCGGCAGCAGCGUCAGCAGCUGCAACAAAUAAGAAGACAAAUUAGAACUUUAGAAAACAUCAC